AUGGCCGAAUAUGAAGCUUGUAUCUUGGUGCUUCUCUUGGCUAUUGACUUGAAUGUCCAAGAGAUUCUAGUGAUUGGAGAUUCAGACUUAUUGAUUCAUCAGAAAUGCCAUCAGUGUCAAACUCAUGUUGAUAUGAUUCGAGUUCUUCCCAAUAAGCUUCACGUCACCAGCUCUCCUUGGCCCUUCGCAUCUUGGGGAAUGGAUGUCAUUGGUCUCAUUGAUCCGGCCGCAUCCAAUGACAAUGGGGCCAACCUCAAUAAUGAUUUGAUGCAAAUAACUUAUGAGAAUUUCAAAAUCAAGCAUCGAAAUUCCACGGCAUACAGACCACAAAUGAAUGGAGCGGUGGAGGCCAGAAACAAGAACAUUAAGAGGAUCCUGCUCAAGAUGCUUGAAAAUGGUCAACAUUGGCAUGAAAAGCUACCCUUCACAUUACUAGGGUACCGUAUUACAAUUAGAAAGUCCACAGUUGAUACACCUUACUUUUUGGUUUAUGGAAAUGAAGCAGUGAUACUGGCAGAGGUCAAAAUUCCAUCUUUGAGAAUCAUCCAGGAAGCAGAAUUAAGUGACGCUGAAUGGAUACAAAGCAGAUUCGAGCAAUUGCCACUCAUUGAUGGAAGACAAAUAAAUGCAGUUUGUCAUGGUCAACUCUAUCAGAACAGAAUGGCCAAAGAUUUCAACAAAAAGGUUAGGCCGAGACACUUCACGCCUGGACAGCUAGUUUUGAAGCGAAUUUUUCCACAUUAA